UCUUGGAACUGUUGAAAACGUAUGGUUCUUUUGGCGGUCUUUGCAGUUUGGCGCGUGCGUUUUGAGUGGGAGAGCGUCUUACAGUAUCUUCCUUUCGUCCCGAACAUUCUCCCUUGCCUGUACAUAUAAUGAGGAUUAUAAAAUCGUCUGAAACUGUAAAGGUGCCUCCAGGCAUUAAAGUAAAGGCUAUCAAAAGGGUGGUUUAUGUCAAAGGUCCUCGUGGGUCGCUGAAGCGCGACUUCGGUCAUUUGUCCCUUGACAUCAAGGUUUUCGCGAAGAAAAUUGUUGUAACGAAGUAUUUCGGCAAUAGGAAAGAGCUUGCUGCUGUUAGAACAGUUUGCUCUCAUAUUGGAAAUAUGAUAAAGGGCGUUACAUCAGGAUACCGUUACAAAUUGAAGUCUGUGUAUGCUCAUUUCCCCAUCAACAUGAUUCCAGCCGCCGACGGUUCCAGAUUAGAAGUGCGCAACUUUUUGGGAGAAAAGUCCAAUAAGUUUAUCCCUGUUGAAUCAGGUGUGAAGGUCUCUGCCACUGGAGUGAAGGAUGAAAUCCAAGUUGAAGGCAACGAUCUUGAAAAAGUAUCAAAAUGUGCCGCUUUAAUUCAGCAGUCCUGCAAGGUUCGACACAAGGAUAUCCGUAAAUUUCUUGAUGGCAUAUAUGUAUCUUGCAAAGAAGCUAUUCAAGUUGAAUAAAUAAACUACAGCUAACCUCGG